UAUCAAUUUUCAUUUUGGUAUACACCAUUCGAGAACUGACAUUCCAUUCAUGAACAUUAAAUCCUGGAGCAAAACAUGCGAUUCAUAUCCGUUGAAUUGUCUCCCCUGCACACUCGAAUACCGUGCUUUAAGGGGGAAAAGGAAAGAAUUUCAAUGAUCAUUAGGUACUCAUCAAAAUUUCCAUACACAACAUUAUGUAUUUCAGCCGUCUACAGGAAAUUUUGCGCUAUCCGGCGUGAAAUUGCAGGCCCUUUAUGGGCUAGGUUUACAGCAGUAUUGCUGCAUGAAAAUCAUACUGUACCUCUUUUAUUGGAACCCGCCUUUAGUAUAUCAGAUGAUAUAUGUGGCAAUGCUAGCAUACUUACCUGGUACAGGGGCUACCGUGAUCAGGAACGUAUCCAUGAUGGUUGAGCGCCAUGUUGACCUUGAAACUUUAAGAAGAUCCGUUCGUUUGCACGUCUCUGGUCCUAGACGGAACUCUGUGACCCGUUUUGAAGUGUUGAAGGCGUUACUUGACAUUGGAGUUCCGGGAACGGACAUAUUAUCGGUUUUUCGCUGUGAGGCCCCGAACACAUGGUUCUCAACGGUAACUGGACAGGACAUGGUUGAUAUUAUAGUUUCGAAUGGUAUGAUCCGUAAGGAACAGUUUGCCCUCCAUCCAGAGCCGUGUGACCAGCGUCGCCUGACUAUCAGGGUUCAGUGGCUGCCUACGUGGAUUGACGAUAACUGUAUUGCGAACUAUUUCGAGACCUAUGGGAAAGUUAUCAACUUUUCCCGGGAGACCAGUGAAGUCGCGGGUGUUACACUGGAGACCGGUACUCGUGAAAUUACGCUUUUGAUUCGCGAGGGUGAUCAGGACGAUAUUCCUCAUAAGGCUAGGAUGUUUGGGAAGACAGCCUUGAUUAUGGUCCCCGGUCGUCCGCCCAUCUGUUUGAGGUGUCACCAGGUGGGACAUGUGAGAUCGCAGUGUCCUGGGAGGCCAGUGCAGGCUGCGUCUUACGCCUCUAAGGUUGCGCAGUCUGGGCCAGCUCCACAGCCAUCUUCAGAGAACUCAGUGACCGCGAGCCCCUCGGCCGGAGGGAGCGGUGAGCCCGUGAGCCCCUCACAGGGAGAGAACGGCGAGCCCGUGACCGUGAGCCCCUCGGCCGGAGGGAGCGGUGUGCCUGAGUUAGCUCAGCCCCAGAAACGUCAGGUCGAUGAUGAUGGAUUCCAGAUAGCGAAAAAGGGAAAGCACCAUAGCCACUCCCCUAUCGUUAUGGAGGAUGGGAACUUAGCCCCCGGACAACGUACCCCCGACGACCAAGAUGCCAAUGAAGAAUCGAUGGAUGAAGACGAGGGUUCAAGGAUUUUCCGAAAGCGCGUUUACAGAGGAAAUUUAGUUUUGCCUACAGCGAAAAUGGAAGUCCACAGUAAAGAAUUGGGCAUUCUUACUGUACACUGCUACCACAAUCAAAAUUGUCUCUGAAAGGUGUUUUAGACGACUCAAUCUGAGGCAGACGAAAGCCUCAACGAAUCUUCGUAUUUCUCUGUGACUGGACAGCGCCUUACAUGCAAUCAAACUUUCCAUACACAACAUUAUGUAUUUCAGUUUCUGUCUACGGGAAAUUUUGCGCUGUCAGGCGAGAAAUUGCCGGCCCUAUUUGAGCUAGGUUUACAACAGUAUUGCUGCAUGAACAUUCUACUGUACCUCUUUUAUUGAAACCAGGCUUUCAAAGAAUUUACAUGUCGUACUAUUGAUCGAGUUCUACG